ACUCGAACGCACCGGAAAUGACGUCCAUAGUUGCCAAAAUUGUUUCAAAAUGGCGGAUGGCGUACAGUCUCGAGUGGCACCAGGUGGCUUUUGGAGUCAGCCACAAGUACAAUACAGCAAGCAAACUCAUGAUUUGCUGAAAGGUAUGAUGAAAGAAUCAAAACUCACAAAUUUUCAACAGAGACAUCUAGAGAAAACACUGAGAGGUGGAGGGUCACUUCCUUCAAGUUGUCCUCCAACACACAGUGCCCAGAGGAAAAAAACACCAGUUGCUUCUCCUGCAACUCCCAAAGUUCUCAAUGCAAGAAACUACAAAACAACUGUAAGAACAAGGGAACAGAUGGAAAAAAUGGGAGCAUUUGAAAAGCCAGACUACACACCUGCAUUUAAUAGCAAAGGCGCCUCAAAAGAAAAGGAGAAGGCAAGACUAGCUAACAUUAUGGAGUUUGGUACAGAUAUCCCACCUCCUGAUCAGCGCAAACAGAAAAUAGUUAGAGAACCAGCACCAGAGGUUGACAGGUUUGAGGAAUUACAAAGUGAGAUAGAAGAAAGAAGAUCCUUCUUAAGGGAAAUGGAAGGAUUAGGUAAAGGUGCUCAGUUCAGGACAAUCAUAGCAACAGAAAUAUCACAGCUUAUUCGAGAAAUGGAGAUGAUAGACAAUAAGAAGUCAGCAGAAUUGGAGAGACUUAUUGAGGCUGAGAACAGAAGAGCUCGAGCAAACGAUACGUCCUGAUAUAACAAUAUAAGAUUGAUGACUAUAAACGACUGUAUAAGAAGGUCAAAGUCUGCUGCAUGGCAGUAGUAGUCUUGUUCCUAGCAUUCUACUCCACUCAUUGAUACAGUAGAGCUACAUUUUUCAUACAUUGCUGCACGAUGCAAUUUUAAGUCAUGAAAUGAAAGUUUUAAGAGUUGUUCCAGUGAAAUAUCUAUCAUAUGUCAGAUUCUAGGUUUGUCUAACAGGGACCAUCAUAAUGAUUAAUUCAAAUACCACAAAAGUUAUACAGUGUAAGCUCUAUUAAAUCUCACACCGACUCUGAAUUGAUUUUCUUCAUUUGUUUCGUCCCCUCCAUUAGAUUUGAGAGUUACUUGGUCUUUUCAUUUCAUAACAUUUGAAAUUUUGCUUUUCUUACUUUUAUUUCUUGUUCACAAUGUCAGGUAACCAUAUUUAUGAUGUUGUUUCUUGAAUCUUUGUGCUGAAUUUUCACUUUAUGUAGCUGCUUACUUCUAUAUUGGCAAUUUAAGAAUGUAAUUCUAAGUUAAACAAUCCAUGAACAGAGCAUGUGUAAUUCCAGUGUACAACAGCAAAAGAUCAAAUGUAUCCUAUACUUUUACUGGGUAUGCCAAUGGAACAUAAUAUUGGUUGCUACAACAAGACUGACUCUUGGCAUCCAUAUGUGCCUAUAUUUUUGUAUGUCCAGUUAAGUUGUGUCGACAUGACCAGCCUCUUCCUUGGUGUCUUAAGGAUCAUUUGAAACAAGCGUGCUAUUCAUAAAAUAAUCUGCUUGUGCUUAUUUUGAAGCUAUGGAAAAAAAAUGACCAGUGUUUAAAAGCCACUUGUGUAACCAUGGAAUUUGAUACAAUACUUUCACAGAUUAGGGGUAUUUACUGAAAUGAUGAAAUUAGAACACCUAGUUUGAAAAAUACACAGUUAAAAGUUAAAGAAAGGGCCAGGAUUUAUAGUGGCAUGUAUAUUUUUACAUGUUUAAAAAGGGUGUUUUGAGCUCUGAGGAGAAAAUCUGUUUAUCAACUUAAUAAUAAGGCAUCAAAAACAUUAUUGCCCAGACAAUUCUUUGCAUUCGUAAUCAUAUUUGGCAAUACAUUAAUACCGGCUGGGUUGUUUUACAGCAUGCAGUUUUACUGUCUCAUUAGAAAUAUUGCAGAAGAAUGUGUUUUUGUUGUAAUAUGAGACAAUUUUUUAUUUAUUACUAUUUUCCGUCCGUUUUUUAUUUUGUUAUAGUUGGACACCCUUAUUAUAUUUAUUGCUAGUUUGUAUAAUUUACUAAGGUCUUGUUGGUCAAUAGAAACAGUUUGCUAACAUUUGUGAUACACUACCAUUACACGUGUCAGGUCCUCCUGUUUUCACAUCAAUGGACAUACAGAAGAUAAUAUGUAUUAUUGAGAGUUCUAAAAAUAAGGAACACAUUUGAGGAAGACAUGUUUUUGACUUACUGAAGACAGUAUCACGAUAACAUUCCCAUUGGAGUAUCACGAUAACAUUCCUAUUGGAGAUGGUAUUGAAUCUAGUGGUGAUUUUCAUGAUUUUGUAAGUUUUAUGUAAUGUGUGUGUAAUUUAGUGUAUUGUAAGCAUGUAAUGUUAUCAAUACAUGUAUUUUGAUGUAAAUUAUUUGACCCUUAUGUCUGUUUGUCAUAAUAAUUUAGUUACGAAAGGAAAUGUACUCCUUUGUAGGGAGAUCAAAGUUGUUUUUAUAUAAAUAAUUCACGAGUCUUUGCAGAAUAUUAUCGUGUAUUGUUGUGCUGUAGAAUGGUUACUUGGAUCAAAAAUUAAUUAAUUUCUUGAUAUGUAAGUAAUUAAGUCACAGUUCCGAAAUCUUUGUACAGGUAUCAAUAUUUUGUAUGCAUAUAUUAAUUUGAAUCAUGUUUGUGAUUUUUUAACUUAAUUGAAAUAUGUUGCUUGAAGUUAAAUUAGAAUCAACUCAGUAUGAUAAAAUAUAUUUCCAAGGCCAUUACAGAUUGUGUGUAUACAUGUUAUCAACAUGUGUACCAAAUACUAGUACAUUUAUUUGUAUAUGUAUAAAAUACUAUGAUGCCAGAUUACAGAAAUCUAUGUCUAGGCAUACUUUAUCUUGUUUUUGUUUGUUUCUGCUCUGUUGACUAUGGUCUUAAUUUGAAAGCUGAGAAAGGAGGUAUUCUCCACUUUGCUAUGAGAGAUCUCCUCGCUUUUCUAGGAGAGAUCUAUUCUCCACUUUUUUAUGAGAUCUCUCUCCACUUUCUAGGAGAGAUAUAUUCUCCACUUUUCUAUGAGAUCUCUCUCCACUUUCUAGGAGAGAUAUAUUCUCCACUUUUCUAUGAGAUCUCUCUCCACUUUCUAGGAGAGAUAUAUUCUCCACUUUUCUAUGAGAUCUCUCUCCACUUUCUAGGAGAGAUAUAUUCUCCACUUUUCUAUGAGAUCUCUCUCCACUUUCUAGGAGAGAUAUACACAUAUGUAUUCUCCACUUUUCUAUGGGAGAUCUUCUUCGCUUUUCUGUGGGAGAUCUUUACGUUUCUACGAAAGAACACUAUUCUCUUCAUAUUUGGUAGUUGUCUGUUUUAUAACUUGGUCAACGAAGUGCAAUAACACAAUUUAGACAAUUCUGUUAAAAUGUUCCUUCUCAAAUAACAAAACUAGCUGUGACAGCUGUCCUGAUUCUAUGUUCUGUAUAACAUUGUGGUAACACUUUGUUAACGCUUAGUAUACCUGUUUAGGUAUCAAAAGUCCAAAUUUAACGCUUAGUACAUGUAUACAUGUUCAUGUAUCAAACGUUAAAAUUUGCAGGGUCUGGUACAUUUUUUAAUUGGUAUAUACUUUGUAAGAAGAAUGAAAGCCGAAAUGCAGGUCAAUAAUUGUUAAAAUAGACAAAGGACCAAUCGUAGAAGAAUGUACCGAAAUAAAUAUGAAGUUGUCACUAUUCAUACAUUUUGAGUGUAUUUAACGCACACACAAUUCCUAUAUUUCAUAUAUGGAGAUUAUCAUUUAGUCUUUACCUUCACAGAGGAAGACAAUUAAUUUAAUAUAUAUAUACAAAGUAUAUUUUUAUGCAGCGUGUCCUUGUAAAAAUAAGACAAAAUAAUAAUGAUGAUAGUGUGCUGCAGAUUCAUAACUUUCUACGAUAGGAAGGCAGAAGGCUUGUCUUAUUGAUAUGCUACAUUUGUAGUUGCAAAGUCGAAAAUAAAUGUUAAUAAAAUCUAAAUAUUGAUUUUGCAAGAAAUUAACAUUUUUUAUUCACUUCGCCAUGUACGGUUACGUGUUUUGAAACCUCUGUAUGAUGCCGUUACUUAAGUUUGCCAUUAAUGACGGCGGGGCUGUUAUAAUUGCAUGUAAAACAAAAGUAUGUUACUUAGAACAAUAAACAUGAACGUCGGCAUUGGG